AUGUCGAAGGUCCACGAGAAGAUCCUCCCGAUGGAGAGCGGCAGUAAGACGUCCAACCAGACGUCCGACCGCGUCCUCAGGCCGAUGUGCUUCGUCAAGCAGCUGGAGAUCCCUCAGUACGGAUACAAGAACAACGUUCCCACCAGCACGCCGCGCUCCAACCUGGCCAAGGAGCUGGAGAAGUACUCCAAGACCAGCUACGACUACGGCGCCUACGACGGCCAGCAGGGCGGCUACGGGAAGAGAGGCCCCGCCCCCAAGGCCCACCACGGCCGAGACUCCUCCCCCAAAGGAUACGACGCUAAGCGCUACUGUAAGACGUCGAGCCCGGCCAGCAGCACCACCAGCAGCUAC